AUGCCGGCUGGCUUUCAGCAGCUAGGAGGGGAGACUGUGACUAGAACCCUUGCUCUCUCAGUGUUUACUGCGGUUCUGGGAUCUCUUCAGUUCGGCUACAACAUCGGAGUCAUCAAUGCUCCUCAGAAGAUAAUCGAGCAGGACUACAACUCAACAUGGAUCCACCGGUACGAGGUACCCAUCCCCCACGCCACUCUCACCUCCCUCUGGUCCCUCUCGGUGGCCAUCUUCUCUGUGGGGGGCAUGCUCUCCUCCUUCUUCGUGGGCUUCAUCUCUGAGUGGCUUGGCAGGAGGAAAGCUAUGCUCAUCAACAACUUGCUGGCCUUUAUUGGAGGAGCACUAAUGGUCAUGUCCAAGAUCUGCCAGUCUUUUGAAAUGAUGAUCUUUGGUCGUUUCAUCAUUGGUGCAUAUUGCGGGCUGGCGUCUGGGUUGGUGCCGAUGUACGUAGGGGAGAUCGCGCCCACCAGCUUGCGAGGGGCUCUGGGGACCCUGCACCAGCUUGCUAUUGUUACUGGAAUACUUCUGGCUCAGAUCCUGGGCCUGGAGUCUCUGCUGGGCAACUCAGAGCUCUGGCCAGUUCUCCUUGGGGUGACGGUGCUGCCUACAGUCCUGCAGAUGGCGCUGCUGCCUUUUUGUCCUGAGAGUCCCCGUUACCUGUAUAUUAUCCGCUGCCAGGAGCACCACGCCAAGAGUGGCCUGCGGCGCCUGACUGGAAGGCAGGAAGUGGGGGACAUCCUGGCAGAGAUGAAGGAGGAGAAGAGGCGGAUGGAUAUGGAGAGGAAGGUGUCCAUCGCCGAGCUCUUCCGGUCUCCAGUCUACCGCCAGCCGAUCAUCAUUGCCAUCCUACUGCAGCUCUCCCAACAGCUGUCUGGCAUCAACGCGAUAUUCUACUAUUCCACCAGCAUCUUCCAGAAGGCUGGCGUGCAGAGCCCUGUCUAUGCUACGAUUGGAGCCGGGCUUGUCAAUUGUGCAUUCACUGUGGUCUCGCUCUUCUUGGUGGAGAAGAUGGGCCGCCGGACACUUCACAUGCUGGGAUUGGCUGGCAUGUGUGGCUGUGCUGUCAUCAUGACUGUGGCUCUCGCUCUAUUGGACACGGUGGCCUGGAUGAGCUACGUCAGCAUGCUGUCCAUCUUCGGGUUCGUGGCUUUCUUUGAGGUUGGCCCGGGGCCCAUACCCUGGUUCUUCGUGGCCGAGCUCUUCUCCCAAGGGCCCCGGCCUGCCGCCAUGGCCAUAGCUGGCUUCUCCAACUGGACUGCCAACUUCAUCAUCGGCAUGGGUUUCCAGUACAUUGCUAACCUCUCUGGCCCCUAUGUUUUCCUGAUCUUCGCGGCUCUCCUCCUCUUCUUUCUACUGUUCACCUUCUUCAAAGUGCCAGAGACUCGAGGCAAAACCUUCGAUCAAAUCUCCGCGGGCUUCCAGCGCCACCCCACGAACAUGAUGGGCCUGGACAUGGACAUGGAUCUGGUCAAGGCCAGCACUGAGCUGGAGUACCUGGGACAGGACACACUCAACUGAUGGUGUGGGAAGUUGAGGAGGAGAUGUUGUAGGAACAGAGAGAGGGAUUAAGAAGACCUUGAGCAUUUGAUACAGGGAGUCUGGACCAUGCAGCCUGACAAGAUGUUGGGUGAUGGAUGGGGAGGUGACAGUGGCAUUAUGUGCAAUAUGAUAACAGCGGUUUUAGAUGUUAUGGAAACAUGCACAUGUGUGUUCUUGAGAAACCUUGAAAUUCCUGCACUUUAUACUCUAGGUAGCAGACAGUCUUUCUACAAAGAAAACAUAGGCGUGAUGAACUCUGCAGCUUCCUCCGAAUUCACUAUUUAAAUUAUUGAAAGCCAAGAGUCUGGAUACGUCUCCAGUCACCAGGGCCAAACUGCAGCAGACUAAAUGCUUAAGGGAGGAGUUGCCCCCCCCCUCCAUGUCUGAUUGACUUGACCUACCCAGUCAGAAAAUCACAUCAGAUAUUAUCUUCAUGCCUGCACACGUUUCAUUUUUUAAAUACACUCAACAAAAAGCUUAAUACAUACGUGUGUGUGUGUGUGUGUGUGCAAAAGCACAAUGAUCUAUAAAUAAUGUUUCCUACAACCCAGUAA